AUGACAAACAUAACUAAGACAUUUUUAGUAAAUCGCUCUCCCGUGUUUCGCGUCACCGAAGCAAAUUCCCUGCCAAUCGUUGACCUAGGAUACGAAGUGCACCAGGCAAGCUCAUUCUCUAAUGAACACGGCUGGUACAACUUCAGCAACAUUCGAUAUGCUGCUCCCCCUCUUGGCGACCUUCGCUUUCGACCACCCGUACCACCCUCGACAAACCGGUCCGAAAUCCAGACCGGGAAUGUGGGCAGGGUCUGUCCUCAGGCGGCUAUGCCCCAGUGGGCUACUACGGCUUCUGCCUUUAUCGUAAAGACGUUAUAUGGAUCCACACUGAACGCCAGUGAUUCGAAGUUUUCCAUUAUCGACGGGGCGAGAGUCCACGACGGUCGAAUCACUGAGGAUUGUCUGUUCCUAGAUGUCGUUGUCCCCAAGAAGAUAUACGAAAGAAGAAGACAAAACCAUACCCAAACAGCUCUAGCUCCAGUUCUUGUCAAUAUUUACGGGGGCGGAUAUGUUAUGGGGGAAAAAACCUCCAUCGAUCCGUCUGGGCUUAUGAAGCGCAGCAUGCAAGAGGAUGACGGAUUUAUUUGGGUUUCUUUCAAUUACCGGGUUGGAGCAUUUGGAUGGCUUGCCCAUGAUGCCACCACGGAACGUGGAGUUGCCAAUGCCGGCCUGCAUGACCAACGUCUUGCGCUUGAAUGGGUUAAUAGAAAUAUCCAUUUGUUUGGUGGUGAUGCAAACCAGGUCACCGUUAUCGGACAGUCUGCCGGUGGCGGAUCCAUUAUCCAUCAGAUAGUUGCGUACGGUGGCAGCGUGCCAGGAAACUUUCAGAAAGCAAUUGUUCAGAGUCCUGGACUAUCACUUACCACGGAAGAACAACAAAAUGAGACUGCCAAACAAUUCCUGCAGAUACUAAACGUCACCUCCAUCGAAGAAGCCCGCCAACUGCCCACCGAGAGACUCAUCGCAGCGAAUUCGUACCAGAUCACGAAUCUUUCUACCUAUGGUUCUUUCUCCUACGGGCCUGUUACCGAUGGUACCUUUGCACCGGACGUCCCCGCUCACCUCCUCGCAAAGGGCCAGUUCAACAAGAAUGUUCGAUUGAUCGUAGGGCAUAAUGCGGACGAGGGCUUGUUCGUCACAUCCCCCGAGACAAGCAACGGCAGCGUUCUGACCACACUUGUCGGCGAAGCCUUUCCGAACUUUGGCUCCGAUCUCACCUCCCAUAUUACGAGCAACCUCUAUCCCCAAAUAUACAACGGGUCCUACAGCUACAAAAGCCCUGUGCGGAGAGCGGACCUACUGUUUUCUGAAGCAUACUUUACUUGCAGCACUAAUGCUCUUAGCAGAGCCCUGCCAAACCAGACCUAUCCUUACCUAUUCAGUGUCUACCCGGCGCUUCACAGUUCAGACUCUUCCUACGUUUGGUAUGAUGGGUCAAGCUCUGCAGUUGGGAACGCAACAAUCGCAUACAUGAUGCAGGACCACAUCAGCAGUUUCAUCAGAAAUGGAACUCCUGUUUCUACCAUUGGGCCACCCUUUAGAUCAUGGAGUGUCAGCCGUUCCGUGCUGGAUAUUGACACAUCUGGUGUCUCCGAGAUGAUGGAUCCCACUGACAAUGAGCGCUGUCGUUUCUGGCAGCAAGCCCCAUACUAGGUGACAGCAAGCAAACUGUCACGGUUCUGUCCUCGUUCUUCUUAAAGGGACUGACGUGUUCUUCUGUCGAAUACGCAUGGAUUUAUGCAGAAAAGCUCUAAUAGCUCCCUUCUAUUGAUCUUAACUGUAUGCACAGCCCCAUGCUUGUCUCACUAUUACUUUCGUUUUACUUAACAUUCCUUUUGUCACUUUUCAUAUUGAUUUAGAUUUGGUAUUUGUAUC